CAUUAUGGUUGCUUGUUGAAGCUGCUGAAGUACAUUUCCGGACGUUGAGGUCUUUGUUUUCCGGAUAUUUGUCACCAUUGUAUCCGGAUGACAGGAUUCCCCUUCCAAUGUCAUUUCAUUACUUGUCAUGGCGCUAAAAUCUGUGGCGUUGGCCCUUGGAGCGGCGGUCGUGGGAUGGAUCGGAUAUCUGACCUUUGGACGGGGUCAACCUGUCGUACUCUUCUCAUGGCACCCCAUCACGUUGGCAGUCGCGUAUCUCCUUGCAACUCCAUCCGCCUUGCUCGCGAUGAGUGACCGUCGAGUCGAAGGGAACCACGCCAAGCGAACGUCGCUGGUCCAGUGGCAUGCGUUCAUGCAGGCCGUGUCGGUUGUGUUGGCGUCAAUUGGGUUCACUGCCAUAUACGUCACCAAGGACAACAACAGCCGCCCUCACUUUACCACCAUCCAUUCGUGGGUGGGCAGUGCCGCGCUUGCGUUGUACUACAUCAGCUUCGUCCUUGGUGCGUUGAAGACAUUUGGCAACACGUGGAACUGGCAAUGGAAGGACGCCGCGCAUCGCAUCUUCGGCGUCGUCACCUUCCUCGCCUCCGGCACUGCGCUAUCCUUAGGGUUUUACAGCGGCGGUUGGGGCCGUGCGAAUUUGGGGACCACCGGCCAAGCCAUGGCCAGUGCUUUCGUGGGGUUGUUGCAUGUCGUGGUGGUGGUCAAAGUGACGGGAACGUGGAGUGCGGUGCCCGUGAAACAGCAAUAAACAGUGUCACACAUCACAUUUCUAUGUCGUGCUAAUGUGACACGGCGUUGUCGUCGUCGUCGGCCGCCAUGAGGGCCGUGGGUACGACGACGCCGUCGUGGCUCAUGGGCGUAAAGAACAGCUGGACGCUUGUAAUGACGUGCGUGGUGGGGUGGAGUGUGGGGAAAAUCUCGUGCUGGAAGUGCGUGUGUCGAAUAAAAUGCGGCGCCAACGUCUCAAAUACGUUCCUGUCAUCACAUACAUAUCAAUGACUCCACA